AUGAAGUUCUCCCUCAUCAUCGUUGCUCUCAGUAAUAUCUUUGCAUCGGCCAUCGCUGCUCCUGUGGCAAAGAGCGUUCCGGCAAAGGAUAACAGCGGAGGAAGGCUUGUACUCGAUGGUGCUCAAUGCAGCCCCGUCCAAGGUCGCCUAGUCUGCGAUGAUGGUUUCGGCAACACAUUCUUUGCGGACGACCCUUUCUCUUCAUAG